CGUCGAUCAUAUUCAUCGGUGUAAUGACUAUUCACGCGACCGUUGAAUACGCGACAAGGCCAACGGUCACGACUAUCGACAGAACUGAUUAUCCACUUCAAGACGUCGAUUUUCCGGGAAUAGCCAUUUGCGAAUUGAACAAGAUCAGCCUGAGCGCGGCGAAAAAAGUUGCCCGCGAGAUAUUCGAGAAUUACGACAGCGUAAAUGACGACGUCAGCCUUCGGGAGAUCCUGGAUAUGUUGAAAUACUUGGGACACCUUUACCUCUUCGAAUUGAACGAGGGCGAGGAGAACGGUGUCGAAUUUCUUCACAACUUGUUGACCCAACGAUACGAGAGUUACGCUCCUCGCAUAUUGAAUCAGUUAACUCCGAAUUGCCAAUCGAUGCUUAAACGCUGCAGCUGGGCAGGAAAGGAACAGACUUGCGAAGACAUAUUCUACCCCCGUAAAACGGCGGAUGGUUACUGUUGCACUUUUAACUACGGAAGACCAAGCGAUGAUUUUGGAGCAAGCAGCAACGACAAAGACAUCGUGACGAUCGACGGGAUCGAGCGUGCCAUCGGCGUCGGUCUUCAGGCUGGUCUCAGAAUAUCGCUCUACUCAAAUUUCACCGACUACUUCUACAAGACACUUCCGGUUCUGGGCUUCAAGGUCCUGAUAUUCUCCCCGUUGGACUUCCCGGACACGUCGAGCGGCAGUCUUCACGAAGUUAUCAUCUCACCCCAAACUGAAUCUUCCCUCACUCUUGAAGCGACGUCGUUUUACUCUGUCCCGGAAGUUCAGCAUCAUAGCGUCGAAAUACGAGACUGCCUUUUUAAGGAUGAGCUGGCCGUCACAUUCGGAGGACACUAUUCGUACAGUGAUUGCAUAAUGUACUGCAGGAUAAGCGACAUUCUGAGCCAUUGCAACUGCGUGCCAUACUUCUACCCGAUCCCAUUGGACAAAGAGUACGUGAGGACUUGCAAUCUCAAGGAUCUCUCUUGCUUAAAGAAAUACAGGAACAGAUGGUGGAGGGUCAUACCAAGGAUUGAAAAUCAGAUGGAACCAUUCAACGAAAAUUUUUCGACUGGACCAGAUGGAUACUUGAACUGUACCGGCUGCUUACCGGCCUGCGAAGACAUCGUUUACGGUUUUUCACUAAGUUCGGCCCCGCUUUUACUCUCCGAAGGAGACGACACCUGGGGACACGGAGGCUGCAUAAACAGCAAACAAUCCACGAAUCACAGCAUAGUGAACAUAUUUUUCCAAAAUCCCGGAACGGUCAGACUCAAACAGGACGUUAUUUUCUACUGGUGGGAGUUGAUGAGUAAUUAUGGCGGGAUAUGCGGAUUCUUUCUCGGUGUCAGCUUGAUCAGCGUCGUUGAAUUAAUUUACUUCUUUACUAUGCGGCUGUACAAACGGAAGGACGAGGUGACAAACGGAAGAAAAUCAUCCAACUUCACCUUGGUCAAAGCUGUGAGACCAAGUCUGCGACCGUUGUAUUGGGAGGAGAUGAUGCAGCCGUACGGCAAAUACUGAUAUGGACGAGAUUUUUUUCGUACAAAAGAAUGUCUGCCUUUUCUGACCCGGUGACUUUGAAAUUAAUACACAGUUAAAAACUUAAAUAAAAA